GAAACAGUGAGAGUUUGGGAUGACGGAGCCGAUGUUUGGAUUUGAACUGGACGGUCAAUGCUGAAAAUAAAGAUACCAUAUGCUGAACUUCACUGUUGGCUUUGAGUACUUACCCAUCGGAUCCUCAACCUGACAGAAAAGCAUGCCUGGUGCUGUAAAGGUUAUUCUCUUAUGCUGUCUACUUCAAGGUAUUUUAUGCCAGGACUGGACAGCAUCCAUGCCCCAGAGUAUAGAGGGACUGGGUGGAUCCUGUGUGAUCAUCCCCUGCAAUUUUCACCUGCCCAUGUCUUGGGAAUCAGCCCUAGAUAACACAUGUAAAGCCAUAUGGAAGAGAGGAAGCUGGAGCCGAAUUCAGGUGUUUGACUCAAGUCUCACUGGUGCAAACGCGAACGUAAACAUUGUGCAAGGAAACCUAACAGGGAACCUUCUAGAGAAAGACUGCACCACCAUCUUCCACAACCUUCCAUCCAACCACUAUGACGACUAUUACUUCAGACUUGAAUGUGACAACAGCCUGAAGUUCAACUUUAGAGACAGCGUCAAGAUUAUAAUGAGAGAUUCACUGUCAAAACCCACCAUAACUCCAUCCAGAGUGGAGGUCGAGGAGGGGAGCUCAGUGAAACUGAGCUGCUCUGCUCCUACGCCGUGUCCCAUUCUGCCCCCAAGCCUGACAUGGACACCCGGCGUGGGAGAAAGUGAGGAGCAGCUGGAGAAUAAAGCCAUGACCUCUGUAGUGAACUUCACAGCUUCUCCCCUCCACCACAGACAGAAGAUCACCUGUGCCGCUCUCUACAAACGACAAGCCGGCACUGACCUUUUAUUUGAAAAAAGUUUGACUAUCAGUGUUUUUUAUCCACCAAAUAACACAUCAGUCAGUCUCCCUGGUCCAGUACUGGAAGAUGACUCAGUCACUCUGACCUGCAGUAGUAAUGCAAAUCCAUCAGUGGACAGCUACACCUGGUACAGAGUGGACGGAGACCAGGUGACAGCUGUGGGUUCUAGGAAAAGGUUUACGACCAAGGCCUCAGAGGACAACAGCCACUUUUACUGUGAGGCCAGAAACAUGUACGGGACCCAAAACUCAUCCGUCAUUCAGAUAGAUGUGGAAUUUUCCCCCAAGAACACCACAGUGAGCGUUGACCCAUCUGGCCCAGUGCUGGAGGGCAACUCUGUCACUCUGACCUGUAACAGCCAUGCCAACCCAGCGGUGACAAACUACACCUGGUACAGAGUCGACGGAGAAGAUGAGGACAUGUCAGAGUCUGGACCGACCCUAGUUAUAGACCGUGCUGACCCAAGCCACAGUGGCGAAUACUACUGUGAGGCAAAAAAUGACCAUGGAGAAGAAAAAUCGACAGCAUUUCAACUGGAUGUUCAGUAUCCGCCCAAGAACACCUCAUUGUCAGUCGAUCCCCCUGUUUCGGUGCCAGAGGGCAGCGCUGUGACUCUGACCUGCCACAGCACAGGCAACCCAGCGGUGCAGAACUUCACCUGGUACCGGGUCAGCGAUGGAGAAAAGGAGGUGAUAGGGUCUGAGAGAGAGCUCACCUUCAACACGACAAGGCUCUCAGCCGAUGAAUACUACUGCGAAGCUCAGAAUGACCAUGGAGCCGAAAACUCAGAGCAUGCCAGCAUUGAUGUAACAUUUUCUUCUGAGAUCCUCCCCUCCUCCCAGUGCGUCAGGGUUUUAUCCCAGAUCAGAUGUACCUGCGACAGCCAAGGAAACCCGCGUCCCUCCCUGGUGUGGGAAUUGGCUGGAGAGCUUCUCAAUCACUCUGCCGACAUCCCAAUCAGGGAGGUGCCUUUGGGGAGCACAGGCAUGAGGAGCCUAAUCACCUUGCGCCGAGUAGGUGAUGACAUACCCACUCUGGUCUGCCUCAGCUCCAACUCAAUGGGAUCUGACAGUCUGGCAUUCAACGUGUCAUCUGCUGAACCUCCGAUAGGCUUCCAUACCAUGUCUCUGUUAAUUGGCUCGGUGGCAGGGGCAGUGGGGAUGAUGCUCGUGUGUGUUUUCCUGCAGCUAAUCGUUCACAAGAGGAGGAAAGGUCACCUUUCACCUGAACGCCAAGGGGUGGACACUUCAGAUAUCUUGGUUACUAAUGAGACCAACUCUUCACAUGUGGAGACGAUUUAUGCCAAUAAAGCCAUGAUGGAGGCGGAGGGAGGAGGCGAGGAACAUGCCCUCCACUAUGCCAAUGUGGACUUUGCUAAACUCCAGGCCAGAGCAAAGGGCCAGCCUGGGGAAGGGGAGAUCAGAGGCUUGGCGUCCAAGACCGCCGAGUACGCAGAGAUCCGCUUGCACUCCAGAGAAAGCAUCGGAGAGAAGGAGAAAGACGAGGAGGCGGUUGCAGACACUGAUUUUGGACAGGAGAAAGACGUUAGCGACCACGAAGGUCAAGCCAGUGAGGAGACUGUGCCACAGCCGUAGGGAAACGGGCUCCCACAACCACCGGACUUGACUACAUCUCACUUUAAUGCUCAGCUGUCAGGGGAGGACCAGCUAAGGCAUUGUGAGCAGAACAACCUGCUGGAGCCUGCAGGCGUGGAGGUGGCCCGGUGAAGCUGCAGCUUCACGCCCAGCUCCCAACUGUUGUCUCAUCAAAAUUUUCUUUCUUUCUAUCUCUUACUUCUUUUUGUCUCUCUCCUCUGACUGCUGAUUAGCUAGCAUGAAACAUUAUGUAAAUUACCUUAUAGGCAAACUAUGUAAUUUUAUGAUGUUUUAGUACCAUCUAGCUACUAUUGCUGUCCACAUCUGUAUUACAGACAUAGUUAAAAGCUUAGUAGAAUUUCAUUUAUCAUGGCUAGAGGUUGUAUUUUUCUACUGCAGCACAACUUAUGUCAGCACAUGAAGUUGAAAUGUUUAGUGUAAAAGAACUGCAAGAAGUAUUAAGUCAAGCAACAACCAUAGGAAACAAGGCAAACAUACAUUUUAGGCUGCAGACUGUCCAUGCAACAAGUCAUAAUGGUCCCAAAGGUUGAAAGCAAAAGCAGCAAUGUGAUGCUGCAGUAACUGUUGAAGGUAAAUUAGUGAAACACAGCAUAUGUUGCUCACAUGAACAACAAAUUUAAAAAAAAAGGGCCAUCCUUAGCCUGCUAACACCACUCUCCACUGACUAGCGCGGCUGGCAUCAGUCUGGCUAUGUGUGUGUUUUGUGUGUGCGUGUGUGUAUGUGUGCAUGUGAGUGUGUGCUGGGGAGCGAGAACCCCCGGUGCUGCGUAAAAGAUCAUUUACACCUUUGAACAAGCAAAAUAUCACAUUGUGUACCUUUUCAUGAGGUAUAAAACCGACCACACACCACAGGCGUUAAUGUUAACCUGCAUGCUGGGGACAAAAUGUCAAGGUCACCAACUUCCUCUCUCCCCACAAUCAACCGUAAAAUGUUCCUUUUUGUUAAAACAUGAACUUUAUUCUUGUGUAUAGUCCUCAUUUUACCACUGUAGAUACACUGCUGCCUCAUUAAUCUGUCUACUGUUUGUUCAGGUUUAAUAAUAGCGCUAAUGUUUCUCUUAAAGUUGCCUUUGUUAAUUUAUUAUUUGAUAGCUAUUUAUGCAUAGUGUGAAAACAAAUGUUCAAUUAAAUUAAAUUUUAAAAAAAAGGUAGAGAUAGAGUGAUAUCUU